AUGGAAAAUGACAAUCUACUCGACAAGUCAAAAACCUUUGCCAACUUCGGUCUCGACGACUUCCUUUCCCACCAGAUCAACCGUUUAGGGUAUAAAAACCCAACCCUAAUCCAAUCACAAUUUAUCCCAAUCGCGUUGGAAGGAAAAGACAUCAUCACCGAAGCCCGAACAGGAACAGGAAAGACGCUGGCUUAUGUGAUCCCAAUUUUACAAAACUUACUCACGACAAAGAGCGAAGGGAACUACGUCAGAGCGCUUAUUUUGAAUCCCUCAAGAGAACUUUGCGUCCAAGUGAAAAACGUCGUUGAUCAAUUGCUGAAAGGGUUUUAUGGUAUUUCCAUUAUUAAUGUUGCGUCAGAUACUUCUAUGAUAUCACAAAAGGGGAAAACCAGAGGACUUCCCGAUAUUGUGACAGCAACACCGUCUUCAUUGCUGACUUACCUGAAAAGAACAGGUACCAACUUGUCAACAUUAGAUAUGGUUGUGUACGACGAGGUUGAUUUGAUGAUUGCGUAUGGCUAUGAGAAAGACAUCACACAAAUUUCUAAGACGUUACCAGAGACGUGCAAAAAGUGGCUUUUGAGUGCGACCAUCAACGACGAUGUUGAAACGAUCAAAAAGCUCACCAUCAGAAACGCAGUUAAAAUAAGAUUGGAAGACGAAGGAGAGAAAGGGAACAUCACAGAGUAUUCAAUUUUCUGUGAGCAAAAAGACAAAAUACUCAAUUUGUAUAUCAUUUUGAGACUUAACAUGAUCAGAGGGAAAGUUCUAAUCUUUGUAAAUUCCAUUCAACAAGCAUUUUUCGUCAAAAUAUUCUUGGACAGAUUUUCAAUUCCGUCCGUUGUUCUGAACUCCGAUUUUCCUCGAGAUAUCCGAACUGAUAUCAUCAACCAAUUCAACAACAAACAGUUCAAGAUUUUGAUUGCGACCGAUGAAGUGACUAUUGAGAAAGUCAUCGAGGAGAAAGCAAAAGAUCUUGAUGCUGAAGAAGGUAAAGAGAACUUUUCUGUUGCACGUGGGAUCGAUUUUGUUGACGUUGCAACAGUUAUGAACUUUGACUGCCCUGUGAGCGACGUUUCGUACACUCAUCGUAUCGGUCGAACGGCAAGAGGAAUAAAGAAAGGUACCGCAAUCACAUUUGUUGACAAAAGCGAGUUGGAGCAAUUUAGUGAGAUCAAAACAAAACACACGCUGAAGACUUAUGUUGUGGAUCCCGUCAUUCUCAACUCUUUUAAGACAAGAGUUUAUGAUGCACAAAACACAAUUACCAAAAAUACUUGCAAACUUGCUCGUAUCAGAGAUUUCAAGGAGGAAAAGAUGAAUUUGGAAACACUCAAAAAUUCGGUUGGAAGUGGUGUGUCGCACACAACACAACUUGCUGCUGCCCAGAACCACUUGAGAGACAUCCCCGACUAUCUUCUUCCAAAGAACGUCAGAGAAAGACUUGGCAGAAUUGUGAAAGACAAGAGUGAAUAUGAAUUUUACAAAACAAAGAAUGUACCAAAAUGGAAAAAUGAGCGAAACCCAAUAAGAAAGAGAAGAAAUGCAACAAAGCCAAGAAAGGACGACAGGAGGGGUGUGAUCGCCAAAUUAACUGGAAAGUGA